AUGGCUUCACUGCGCACACGGUACGUCCCCGCCUUGGCCUUCCUGGUCUGUCUCGAGCUCUCGAUCCUCCUCCCCGCCCGUGCCGACGUGCUGCGCGUCUCCCCCGACUCGCCGGCCAUACUGCCCUCCAUACUGCCCGCCGCCGACGACACCAACAUCAACUUCCCGUCGAUCAUCGCCGUGCCGCCCUGGCUCCGUGCGCGAGGCGCGCUGGGCGCCUACUACAUGUACUUCAGCAGCCACAAGGGCGCCCACGUGCGGGUGGCCUACGCCGACUCGGUCGAGGGGCCGUGGACCGUCCACCCCAACGGAACUGACAUCACGCUCGACCGGGUCGCCGCCGUCAACAACGACUCGUACGACCCGGCCAAGGGCCACACGGCUUCGCCCGAGGCCUGGGUCGACCCGGCCGCGUACCAGGUCCGCAUGUACUACCACUUCCGACUACUCGGGCUGGGCCACCAGGCCGGCUACGCCUACAGCGAGGACGGCCUCCACUGGAGCCUCACCCCCGGCGCAGUACACCCGCGGCCCUACCUGCGCCGCUUCGUUCUGCCCAACGUGGGCCACGGCCCCGGAGGAGCCGGCGGAGAGUACAUGAUCGACCGCGACCUGGGGGUGUAUAGGGUGGUGACGAAAGACCAGUUUUCGGGCCGACCAAUGGCGUUCGAGCUAGUGAACCGGUUGCUUGGCAACGUGCUGGCCAAUCUGAGCCUGAUCAACGGCGACGGAGAGACCGGAUUGGUGCGCCACGUCGGAGUUGACUUGCUGCCCAACCCGCUGGCGCCCACCUCGGUCCGGGUCUACGCCACCCGCAUCGGCGACGCGCCCGAGCGCAUCGUCGCCACCCGCGUGGCCCUGCGGGACUGCGCCCUGCCCGUGGCCGCUUGCCUGUACCGCGAUCCGUCGCACUGGGCCGCGACCGAGGCCGUCGAGGUCCUGCGCCCGGCCACGUUCCACGAAGGCGCUGGCGAGCCGGUGGUGCCGUCGGCCAAGGGCGACGGUCCGGCCUACCGGGUCAACCAGCUGCGCGACCCCGCGCCUUACUACGACGCCGGCAGCGGGCGUCACUACCUGGCCUACGCCAUCGGCGGCGAGUUCGGCAUCGCUCUGGCUCAGCUCACCGGGGCCGAUAUCGAGCCGUGA